AUGUCUUAUAGUAUGAAUAUGGAAGAUUAUUUCGAAAGUUUUUCUUUUUCUGAAGAUAUAAAAGAAUGGGAUCUUAUUAAGAACAUAAUCGACUUAGAUCUUGAUGAUGGACGGCGAAGAGAUCACAAGACUGUUCCUAGUGUUCAGCUUCUUCCAAGACGAGAUGUUAUGUUGUAUGGUACCAUUCCAAAAAUGGAACAAAGAAUAUACACAAAAUGUAAAGAAUGUAGACUAGUUUUUAACCCUAGAGACAUUUUAUCACAUAAAGCUUGUCCAGGAAGGUUUCAUUCUUCUACUUCACACAGUUUAAAAAAGAAAAUAGAGAGUAAAGGCAGUACCCCUAAAAAGUCUCAUUCAAGUGUACCUCCACCAAGGGGUGGUGGAGGUAGGUUAAACAGAGGGUUUAAGAAAUCUCCAUCCCCAUCUUUAACACCAGCAUCAGUUAGCAUUCCAGAAAUAUCCCUCUCUAAAGUAUCAUCGCCCAAAAUAUCAAAGAUAUCACCAAUAUCAACUUCUUCUACUUUGACAACAUCUAACUCAUCUAGUAAAACUGAAACUAGGGUAUCAUCAUUAAGCUCAUCUUCGAAAUUAAAUUCUCAUUCACCAAGAUCUCCUUCGAAGACCUCAUCAAAUUUAGAACAUUCACCAAAAUCCAAAUCAACACCAUCGGACAGCAAUUGUAGCAGUACCAGCGGUAGUAGUAGUAGACAUAAGAAAAGUAGGAAAAGUAAUAGUAAUACCAAGAUAACGAAAGAGUUUGAUCCAGAUGUGCAUUGUGGCGUUGUAGAAGGUAAUAGAGGACCUUGCACAAGAUCAAUAACUUGUAAUAAUCAUCGGAUUCAGUUAAGGAAAUUAGUGACUGGGCGUAGCAAGGACAUCCACCAGCUAAUAGCUGAGAGAAGGACUGUUAAAAAAAAAGAGCCGAAGCAUGGCUCUAAUUGUUCAUAUACGUCCCCAAAUGGUCAGACAGAAGAAGAUUCUUUUUCUCAAAAUACUACCUUCGCACCCGUUGUAGGUGCUCUCUCAAACGCAAGUGAACCCCCAGAGACUAAUCUUAAUCAAACGCCAGUGUUAUCCAAAAUUGUUGAACCAAAACCAACAAUUUCUCUUAGACAAACUACCUCAGAUGUUGCGGCUAAGCUACCUAUCUUGACUGAUAUUGAAAAUGGUAACACAAAAACUAUGAACAAUAACUACAUCAAGAACGUUCACUUGAAAGAGAGUGAUAUUGGGACUGUUCCUGUAGUUUAUAUGCCAAUGAGCCUAAUAUCGUUUGUACAAAUAGGUAAAAAUGUCAUCUGUUUGAAAUCUCAGCAGUCUCAGAGUCCUCCUGUGACAAACCAGUCAUUGUAUUUGACGAUUCCUAACCAUCAGUCAGGUACAAAAAUGUACAAAUCACAUCCAAAACCUGUAGCAGUGCCAAACUAUGGAGCUAAGAAGGUGGGAGGAGCCAUUCUGCUGUCCAACCAUCGUAUAGAAUGCCAAAGAAAUGACAUACUGAUGGCAAUUAACCUCAAACGAAAAAUAAUCAAUAAUACUCAUGGUUAUUUGAAGUUAAAAAAGAUAAAAGAAGAAGAGGCUGAUAUUGAAGGACAUUUAGAAUUUACUUCAACUAAUUUCGAACCACGACUCACUUGGCACGACUCAGAAAAAUUUGGCCAAGCUCCGAAAUUGCUAACUCUCUAA